AUCUCUUCGAAAAAGAACGGUCUGUUUAUACAGUUUGUGAAUGCAGCUUUCACAAGAUUCGUUCAUUUUUGACUGAACAUAAACAAAUAUUUAACAAAAUUAGUCGAAUAAAAUAGACUGAAUACUGUUUAACUCUUUAGUUUUUAUUAAAAAACUUCUCAUUUGUAGCUUUUCUAUACAAAAUCCGGUAUUGUUGGUCGAAUAUGUACCAAAACUGAAAGAGUAGAAUCCAUGGAAGAACAACAGGAAGAUCGUAUUGAACAGAAUUUUGAAACAAAAAUAACAGCGGGAGAAAGACUUGAACGUGAACAAAUUUACCAGAGACAAAUAGAAACAAUUCGAGUGCAUGAAAAAAUUCCUGAUGAUGAAUUACAACAUUCAGAAUUAAACUGCAAUGAUCGCGAUUUCCAAUAUCAGGACGAUGCAUUUGCAGACAAUCAAGAAGUCAAAUAUCACGAUGAAUCUCCCGAAGAUCAACAAGUUGAAAACAAAGAAGAAAAACAGCAGGAUGAUUCAACCGAACCUGAGGGUCAAUUCGGCGAGGGAAGCGAACAAGAAAACAAUGAUCAAGUUUCUGAACAUCAGCUGUCAUCCAUAGAAGAAAAUCGUACAGAAGAAACUGACUCUCAUUUGAAAUAUUUUCGAUUAUCUAUUGAACGUUGGCUGGAAAAAGCACAGAAUGGCAAUGCAAACUUCGGUAAUCUUCCACCAUUUACGUUAACUGGUGAUAUAAACGAUGCUCCAUUCGAAAAUCCAUAUCUAAACGAAAAUCCAUGGUGGGUAAGAAAUGGAUAUAUCGAACUUGAUGAGCAUGAUGAACAGGAUAAUGACCAUUUUGACGAUUCAACUGAUUAUGUUGCAGCAUCACGACACGUCAUAGGUUCAUGGCCUACAUACGAUGAAGCUCAUGGUCACUUUCAAAAUUUGAUUAAUCGAGAUGCUCUAUUCUCCACAAAGAGGGGACUACUUCGCCUCCAAAUGGAAGAGAAUAAUCAAUCGAAUGAGAUUCAUGAGCAAGAUAAAAUAGAAAAAGACAAAAUCAAAAAUUUUCCAAAUUUUACUACUGGAUUAAAACGAGGCAAACGUGCUUGGGAUAUCAGUGAAGAUAAAAAACUACUGAAAGAAUACAAAAGAAGGUUGAAAAAAGAAAAAGGAAAAUAUAGACAUUCAGAAUCCGAACUCUGGGAACGAAUAUUUGAAAGAAGAUUAAAAAUAUUUACUGAUAUUAAAGAAAAUCGAAUAGAUGAAAACUUACCCAGUGUACAAGGUUACAAUGAUAAAGAAUUAAAAACACGAAAUGAAAUAAGAAAACUCAAUGAAUUAGACAAUACGAAUAAUCCACGUUGGAAAAGAAGACGACGUGAUCCUCACUUACAAAAAUUUAUUCAAAAGAAGAUUCAAAAUAUAAUCGAAUUUAAAAGACUAUGUGAAGCAAAUUAG